UAAUAAUGGCUAGACUGAUUCAGGUGGUCUCGUUAGCUCAGCAGAUGUGUAGUUAAUAUCGAAGUUGAGUACUUUAGGAAGAGUAGUAUUAGAAUGGCGACUGUACAGGAGGGGGUGUACUCCAGCCCUGCUGUUAUGGGUGCAGGACUGGUACAGGGGAACAUGUUUGGGAUUAAGGACUGGGUUACACCGUAUAAAGUCUCAGUAUUAGCACUGCUGUGUGAGAUGAGCUCCAGCAAUCAGAAUCAACCUGCAAUCAACCUUCAGCACAGGAGGAAACUCAACCUGCUCAUCCUCCCACUCCAACAGGGUCCUGAUUUAACGUUCGAGCAGUUCCUCAGUACAGUAGAAGAUUGUUCUCCUCUUAUCAUGAAUUCUGUUAAACAAAGGUUGUGUUCGAUGGCGGAGAAAGAGCUUCAGGAUAUGGAACAUUUCUUUGCCAUGCUGCCCUCCGCAUUUAGUGACUCUGAGGCCUUCAGAACCAGUGUGGUGGGUCUGUUCAUGCGUCAAAUGCUGCUGGCGUACAACAAGCUCUCCUUCAGUCAGGUCUACAAGCUCUACAAAGCUCUGCAGCAGUACUGUUCUCGUGGAGAACAAAGCCGGCCUGACGUCUCCAUUCUCACCAACGACCAGAUGGAGCUAACGGCUAACGAAGACGUCAGCGUCGACGACACUCCGAAGAUCGAGCUCCACAUCCCUCCUCAGCACCAAUCAGAUCUCCCGUGUGACGAGACCGGAGGGCCGCUGUCUCAGAAACAGGCGGAAUAUUUCCUCGCACGGCAGGCGUACAUGUUGAAGAACGAUGAGAACAAAGCGAUGAGUCCUGAUAAACUUCAGGAUGAGCUCAACAACAUCCUCAAGUUCAACCCUGACUUUGCUGAAGCUCACUAUCUGAGCUAUCUGAACAGCGUUCGCGUGCAGGACGUCUUCACCUCCACUCACAGCCUGCUGCACUACUUCGACCGACUCAUCCUGUCCGGCGCAGAAGGAAAGAGUAACGGAGACGAGGGAUUCGGACGCAGUCUCCGAUACGCCAUCCUCAACCUGGCAACCCUGCACUGUCGCUUCAACCACUAUCAGCAGGCUGAUCUCGCUCUUCAGGAGGCCAUACGGAUCGCUCAGGAGGCUAACGAUCACGUCUGCCUUCAACACUGUCUGAGUUGGUUGUACACGUUGGAGCAGAUGAAGGGAUCGGAGAGUGCUGUCCUCACCGAAGACUCUGUGAAAAUGGCCGCACAUUUCUGCCUACCUUACCUGGCAUGUCUGGGUGUUCAGUCUCUGGUCCAGCGGGAGGCGCUGCAGGGCGUCUCCGCCCCCCAGCUGUUAGAUGCCCAGCGCAGGACCAGCGUGCUCCUGUGGAAGCAGAGUCUAAACGAACUGAUCGAGAUCAGCCUGGCACAGACCGCCUCCCUGUGGAAGAUGUACGGCAAGAGCAUCAUGGCUCUCCAGCAGUCUCAGCUCCUGUUGAACCUGAACAGUUUGGAGCCGGUGAAUUUCGGCGUUCAGCAGAACAACACCGAAGCGUUCACCUUCGUCCUGUGUCACCUGGCACAGCUCCACGCUGAGCAGGGCCUGUACGGGGCUGCUAGUGACAUCAUCAGACACCUGAAGCAGCGUUUUCCUCCUCACACUCAACAUGCCAAGAUCUGGAUGCUGUGUGAUCUGAAUAUCCAGUUUGAGAAAGCUAUGAAUGAUGGGAAACAUAACCUGGCUGAACCUCAUGUCACCUCCAUCUCAGCCCUCAGCAGUACGGAGGGUCUUUACAGAAAAGCUCAGCUGUUGAAGGCUAUAAAACGAACAUCAGAAGCAUCUAAGAUCCUGCAGCAGCUACAGCAGCAGUGUGAGAAGAACAAGAAGACUGAGAUGCUCAUCAGGGUGAUGUUAGCCACCGCAGAGCUACACUGGGACUCCAGUGGAUUUUCGGCUGCUCUUCCUCUCCUGCUGAAGGCUCUAGCGCUCACACGCCAACACAACCUGCAGAGACUGGAGUCUAAAACUGUACUGCACCUCGCAUACACACAGUUGAUGUUGGGAGUACCAGAGCAGGCCCUUUCUCUGGUGGGUGACGUUUUGGAGAGUGUAUUAGCCCACAGUGCACUGAUGGAUAAAGCUAAAGCUCUGCUGCUAAUGGCACAGUGCCACAUAGCUCUGUCUGCAUCUGCCCCCGACCAAAACCGAACCCCCGCACUGGAGUUGGCAGUACAGACUCUGGACGAGGCCGGUCUGUAUUUCUCCCAGCUGGACUGUAAGCAGAGAUUGCGGGACGUUCAUUACCUGCAGGCUCGAUUACAUCACAAGCUGGGUAACGUCACGGAGCGCAAUAAAUGCGCCCUGCUGUUCCGCCUGCUGAACCAGGAACUGCUGCACUCGCCCGCCACGCCCGUGCAUCAGCUCUGAUCACACACAAACGUAUUCAUAGUCAUGAUGUCAAUAAUAAAAAAAUGCUGUAAAUUA